UCUUCGAUUACGUUCUAGAAUAGUGAGGUGUUUACUGUUUGUUGUUAAUAUUCAUAUAGUUAUACCGAAGCUAAUCAGAAAUUAUAAUGGCUAUGUUUGGAGUUAUAGUGUCAGGCCGGUUGGUGCAAACAGAAUUCCAGCAAAUAAGUCCCAUACAAUGUGUUACAACUAUCAAUGAUGCGGAUAAUAUUAAUCACAUAGUUGUAUUUUUAACGGGAGCUGUACCAUUUCCUGAGGGCACUGGCGGGCAAGUAUAUUUCAGUUGGCCUGAUCCAAAUGCACCUCCAAAUUGGCAGUUGUUGGGAUACAUUUCGAAUCAAAAGCCAUCGGCUAUAUUUAAAGUGUCUUCUCUUAAGAAAUUAGAGGAGAUGGGAGAUUACACAAACAUGAUGUUUGGGCAAAGCCAUAUAGUCCACAAUGCCCAACUAGGUAUCGCGAUAGAACCAUUAAUAAAUCUUCAGGAAGUUCCACAGCAGAACAACGUAGAAUCUAAUUUAACGUUUGCCCAGAAAAUGCUGGAGAGCUUUAUGAAUUACAUUUUAAGUUAUACUAUAACGCAAGCUAAUAUGGUCCGGGACCCAACGGCAACUUAUGUGCCGUUGUCUACGGUUCAGAACUGGUACACAAACUUUGAGCGGAGAUUGCGGCAGAAUCCAAACUUCUGGAAGUAACGACUUUAUAGUCUUAUGUUUAACUAUUUUAAGGACUAUCUUUAAUUUCGCCAACGUUAUUCAAUGAAAAAGUUCAUUUGUAAAAUUAACUAUUUUCAUACAAAAAUUACAUAAUUACCGCAUUUUACCUCUGAACGGAUUUUAAGCUUACGUUUUUCUUACUGAGUUGCUACAGUCAGUAGUACUGCAAGGUUCGCUAUUCUAUUGUAUAAAUUGUUUAUCGUAGUUAAACGAUUCUUAUGGGAUCAAUGAUAUUAUUUAUUAUUUUAAAUAUAUCAUUUUUAAUUACUA